AUGCUGGCCUCGGAAGAUAAUCCGUCAAAUGCGGCGGAGUGGGCCAUGGCGAAGAUGAUUAAUGAGCCAAGCAUCAUGCAAAAAACCGUGGAAGAGAUCGAUAGGAUAGUUGGAAAAUAUCGUUUUGUCCUUGAAUCCGACUUCCCAAAUCUCAACUACGUCAAGGCUUGUGUGAAAGAGGAUUUCCGGUUACACCCCGUGGCACCGUUCAACCUCCCUUACAUGUCGACUGCCAACGCAGUGGUGGAUGGUUACUUCAUCCCCAAAGGAAGUGUAACGGAAAGAGAUUAG